AUGCGUUCUCAAUUCUUCGCUGGCCUUGCCUUUGGCAUUGUCGCUGUAGUCGCAGGAGCACCAGUGGAAAGCCGUGCAUCUAAAGAGCAAAUCACCAUCGACGGUGCUGUAUUCGUCCGUAAAGAUAGCAACAGCAACGACAACUGGGAUGCCCUCACUUACGUUGGCCUUACCCUGACCACUCCAUCCGGUCCUGUCAGCUGUAAUGCAGACACCUUCCCAGAUCCAUCAGUCCCGUCCAACGUUUACGCAUGCGCCAACCCCAAAUAUUCUUUCCAGAUCACCAGUCGCCCGGGUUACGAUAUUUAUACCGUCACUGUCACUCACAAAGUCUCAGACAAGACUACUUUGACGGGUAUGAUCGAUGUCGGCUGCAACGGACCUAUCCCGAUGUCUUGCCAACAAGUCGGUUCUAGGCAGGGCACGCUGACCGCUGCUUAA